GUCUAAGUAUACAAGAAAUUUAUUCUGUCAAUCCUGAUUAAUAGUUGCGUAAAGCUCCUCGUUAGACAUGCCCAGCAGUGGGAAAAUAACUCGGGGAUGAUUAAGGGAAGCUCGGUACGAAAGCGAGUGUAGUUGAGUGACCUCAUGGACGGUGAGACGGCCGGCGUUUUCAUAGUGAUUCACUCACGUAGUGGAUGGAGCGAUGUUUGGUCGCGCUGCCUUGCUGUUCACCAUCUUCUUUCAAAUGUGUUCCUGCGUGAAAGUGCCGACAAUACUCCUCAAUAAUGGGAGACACAUGCCCGCUAUAGCACUGGGCACGUAUCUUGGAUUUGGCGAGAGCGGAGUGGUGAUGUCCAAAGACAACGAGUUCCGCGACGUGGUGCUGAACGCCGUCGACAUCGGAUACCGACAUUUCGACACAGCUUCCAUAUACAGUACGGAGCGGGAGCUGGGCGAGGCUGUGCGGAUGAAGAUCGCAGACGGGCAGUACAAGAGAGAAGACUUCUUCAUAACUACUAAGUUAUGGAACACUCACCACAAGAGGGAGCAGGUCGCCUCGGCGCUGAGGGAGUCACUGGACCGCCUGGCGCUGAACUACGUCGACUUGUACCUCAUGCAUUGGCCUAUGGGCCUUAAUGUGGACCACACUUACUCCGAGGUGGACUUCAUGGAGACCUGGCGAGGGUUAGAAGACGUGUAUAAACUGGGACUGACAAAGGCCAUCGGCGUUUCCAAUUUCAAUCUCAAGCAGCUCAAAAGAGUCCUCGAGGAAGGGACCGUGAAGCCUGCUGCUAUUCAAAUAGAAAUACACCCAUUGAACGUCCAGAAGGAACUGGUGGAGUACGCUCAAGCCCAAAGUCUGGUGGUGAUGGGUUACUCUCCGUUCGGCUCGCUAGUGGCGCGGCACGGGCAGUGGUCGGCAGGCCCGAGGGUGAAUGACACCACGCUGGCCAGCAUAGCAGAAAAGUACGGCAAGACUGUGCCGCAAGUGGUGCUGCGGUGGGAGGUGGAAAGAAACAUAGUACCGUUGCCAAAGACGGUCAAACGCAAGCGACUCGAAGAAAAUAUCAACAUUUUCGAUUUCAAACUGGAGAAGGAGGAGGUCGACAAGAUUAGCGACUUCGAUUCCGGCACGCGGUACACGCUGCCCUCGUUUUGGCAAAACCACCCAUAUUACCCGUUUGAGAAGGUCGAUAAUCCUAUACCAGAUCCGUUUUUGUCCGCCUAAGUACCUUAGUAUUUAAUAUACGUAUUUUAACAAACU